AUGGCACCAUCACGAAGGGACGCGUGGGCUGAGGGGACCUGGCCGACCAAAGAUAUAAUUUACCUCUCAAUCGUCGGCCCAUUGAUGCUUGCAGCACUGUUCGAGUGGGUUCUUUGGCUCAGCGCCUUUAUCUACUGUUUGAUCAAGGUGUGGAUGAAAGCAGACCAUUGGAGUAUAAGAGUUCUCGCCGUGGUGAUGAUAUUCUUGUUCACAGUGAUACGACUGGCCUUCCUUCCAGUCAUGCUCGUGACACUGCCGUUACCGCCACAGAUCACGAUUGACCUACCUCACGAAAUGGUGCAUGGGUUUCAAGUGUUUGCAUUUUGGGCUUUUUCUGUUCUUCUGAUCGGUCCAUGGCUAUUUUGUGUAUACGGACUCAUCACCAAUUCACUGGGGAGAAAAAAGAGGAUUAAACGAGUGCUUGACGAUCGGACUGCCCCGAAGACUGUGGUUGUGAUGCCAGUAUACAAGGAGGAACCAAGUAUUUUGAUUAAGGCCAUCAAUUCCGUGGUUGACUGCGAUUAUCCUCCAAAUUGCAUCCAUGUUUUCCUUUCAUACGAUGGUGGCAAGGUGGACGAGCCGUAUCUCCGUGUCAUCAACUAUCUCGGUAUUCCGAUCUCACUGGAGAGCUAUCCUCAGAGCAUUGACUGCAUUUACAAAGGGGCACGGAUAACGGUGUCUCGCUUCAAACAUGGCGGUAAAAGGCACUGCCAAAAGCAUACUUUCAAGCUUAUCGACAAGGUUUAUGCCGAGUAUCUGAAGACACAUGACGAUUUGUUCGUUCUUUUCAUUGAUUCCGACUGCAUCCUUGAUCGAGUUUGCUUGCAGAACUUCAUGUACGACAUGGAACUUAAGCCAGGCAGCAAGCACAACAUGCUUGCAAUGACAGGCAUCAUUACCUCGACAACGGAGAAAAAUAGCUUGCUGACGAUUCUUCAGGACAUGGAAUAUGUCCAUGGGCAGCUUUUUGAACGAUCCGUCGAGUCAGGCUGUGGUGCAGUGACUUGCCUCCCUGGAGCUUUGACUAUUUUACGCUUCUCGGCUUUCCGCAAGAUGGCCAAGUAUUACUUUUCAGACAAGGCUGAGCAAUGCGAUGAUCUUUUUGACUACGGAAAAUGUCAUCUUGGGGAAGACCGAUGGCUCACUCACCUGUUCAUGAUUGGCGCCACGGAGCGGUAUCAAAUCCAGUUAUGUAUGAGCGCGUUCUGCAAGACCGAAGCCGUGCAGACCUUUAGAACUCUCCUCAAGCAACGCCGACGAUGGUUUUUAGGUUUCAUCACCAACGAGGUUUGCAUGAUCACGGAUGCCCGGCUCUGGAAGCGCUACCCUCUUCUAUGUAUGGUUCGAUUCAUGCAAAACACGAUCCGAACGACCGCACUGCUCUUUUUCAUCAUGAUUAUCGCACUAAUUACAACCUCAAAGAAGGUGGAUGAUCUUCCUAUGGGUUUCAUGGGGGUCUCCUUGGGAUUGAAUUAUCUACUCAUGCUAUACUUUGGCCUGCGUCUCGGACGCUAUAAAGCCUGGCUUUACCCGAUCAUGUUCAUUGUGAACCCGUUCUUCAACUGGGUUUAUAUGGUGUAUGGUAUUUUCACAGCCGGUCAGCGAACUUGGGGUGGACCUCGAGCAGAUGCUGCCACUGCUGAUGACCAUACAACGCCAGGAGAAGCAGUUGAACGGGCAAAGGAGCAGGGCGAUGAGUUCAAUGUGAAUGUUAAUACAUUUCGCACCAGCCUUGUGCGCCGGAAAUCCGUCCCCGUCCGCCCAUCGGAGAAGGUGGAAGGUCGAUUUGCACCUGCCAAGCAGCUACUUGAUGGGAUUUAUAUCAACACAACCAGCCGUGGGCCCGCACUGGCACGAAUGGUCAACGCGAUGGAAAAUCGCGACACUUCCCAGCACCAAUUACCCGCUCUCUUUUCCUAUUCAACUGAUUCAGUGCUCAGCGCAUCGGAUUGCGGCUCUAGUUCGAUUGCCAUGCCACAGAAUGUUGACAACUUGAUGAGUGAAGACCAAAAGAAAAUUAAUUAUGUCUGCCAAGGUCGGGCAUCGGGCUCGGUGAGCCUCGAUGGUCACUAUUCGGAGAACCACUUUGGGGUUUCCCAGCCUAUUUCUGCCGAGCAUCUAGUCACCCACCCACCAGAAACAUACCAGACUGGUUCUAAGAACAUCCCAGAGCCAUAA